AUGCAGUUCCCUAUCGUUAUUGCUGCCGCCCUUCUUGGAGCCGCUCCUGUACUCGCCGGACAAAGGGCGUGGUGCCCUGGUGCGGGUCAGAGGGUAGUUGAAGCUGGAUGUAACGACAACCGUAUCCCAUUAGUCCAAAAUGCAGGAGGAACCUGUUGUGUAAACAGCCUGCAGGACUAUGAAAGGAUGUCCGCUGUCUGCUUCGCCGUCGGAGCUAGGCCUUCGUAUGACGGGAGUUGCUAG